GAGCAGAGGCUGCCGGGAACGCGGGCCCAGAGGCGGGGCGAGCGCGCGCGGGGCGGAAGUCGGUCGCCUUUCUCCGUCGCGGCCCUUAGCCCAGCCAAGCCCACCCAAGCCCCGCCGACCGCGGGCACCGGAGCCAGCCCCGCAGCGGGAAGCUGGAGAAACAGACCCUCUUGGCUGUCUGCUGUCCAGGGAGUCGCCGCUCCCUUCAUUACAGCCUUGUGCAGAGUGCAGCGGCAGGCCUGGGAAUGGCCUCGGGAGAGGGACCACAGAGCACCAGCCUGCAUGGAACUUCCUUCUUUCACUCAGCUUCCCACCUUGCCAGCUGGGACAGGGGAGAUGGAGUAGUUUUGCUCUGGAAAGACUUCACGUCUUGCCGAAUGAAAGAGCAAAGCUACUGCUAGAGUCGGGGGUUCAUCAAGCCAAGGGAGUACGAAUGCCCACAAAGUAGUGAAAUGCUAUUUCUUCUGGAAAAGUCAGCCUCCAGCACCUGUAGCUUCAGGAACUAAGAUGUGACUGUGCUUGCGGAGGCGCUGACUUCUCCCCUCCCUCCCCGGCUGUGCAGGUCCCGCCUGUCUGUCACGCUGAUGCCCGUGCAGCUGUCUGAGCACCCGGAAUGGAAUGAGUCUAUGCACUCCCUCCGGAUCAGUGUGGGGGGCCUUCCUGUGCUGGCGUCCAUGACCAAGGCCGCGGACCCCCGCUUCCGCCCCCGCUGGAAGGUGAUCCUGACGUUCUUUGUGGGUGCCGCCAUCCUUUGGCUGCUUUGCUCCCACCGCCCGGCCCCCGGCAGGCCCCCCACCCACAAUGCACACAACUGGAGGCUCAGCCAGGCGCCCGCCAACUGGUACAAUGACACCUACCCCCUGUCUCCCCCGCAAAGGACACCGGCUGGGAUUCGGUACCGAAUCGCAGUUAUCGCAGACCUGGACACAGAGUCAAGGGCCCAAGAGGAAAACACCUGGUUCAGUUACCUGAAAAAGGGCUACCUGACCCUGUCAGACAGUGGGGACAAGGUGGCCGUGGAAUGGGACAAAGACCACGGGGUCCUGGAGUCCCACCUGGCAGAGAAGGGGAGAGGCAUGGAGCUCUCCGACCUGAUUGUUUUCAAUGGGAAACUCUACUCCGUGGAUGACCGGACAGGGGUCGUCUACCAGAUCGAAGGCAGCAAAGCCGUGCCCUGGGUGAUUCUGUCCGACGGCGACGGCACCGUGGAGAAAGGCUUCAAGGCCGAAUGGCUGGCAGUGAAGGACGAGCAUCUGUACGUGGGUGGCCUGGGCAAGGAGUGGACGACCACCACGGGUGACGUGGUGAACGAGAACCCGGAGUGGGUGAAGGUGGUGGGCUACAAGGGCAGCGUGGACCACGAGAACUGGGUGUCCAACUACAAUGCCCUGCGGGCUGCCGCUGGCAUCCGGCCGCCAGGCUACCUCAUCCAUGAGUCUGCCUGCUGGAGUGACACGCUGCAGCGCUGGUUCUUCCUGCCGCGCCGCGCCAGCCAGGACCGCUACAGUGAGAAGGACGACGAGCGCAAGGGUGCCAACCUGCUGCUGAGCGCCUCCCCCGACUUUGGCGACAUCGCUGUGAGCCACGUCGGGGCGGUGGUCCCCACUCACGGCUUCUCGUCCUUCAAGUUCAUCCCCAACACCGACGACCAGAUCAUUGUGGCCCUCAAGUCCGAGGAGAACAGCGGCAGAGUCGCCUCCUACAUCAUGGCUUUCACGCUGGACGGGCGCUUCCUCUUGCCGGAGACCAAGAUCGGAAGCGUGAAAUACGAAGGCAUCGAGUUCAUUUAGCUCAAAACGGAGACACUGAGCAAGGCCGUCAGGACUCAGCUUUUAUAAAAACCAGAGGAGUGCACUUUUGUUUUGUUUUGUUCUUUUUGGAACUGUGCCUGGGUUGGAGGCCUGGACAGGGAGCCCGGUCCCGGGCCCGGCAGGGGUGCGGGCACUGGACCCCCGGGCCCCACGGAGGCCGUGGUCUGAACUGCUCUCCAUGCUGCCAUCUGGUGGUGAGAUUGGUCACUUCAGGCAUUGACUCGAGGCCUGCCGAACUGGCUGGGUCCUUUCUUCCAUCCGACCUCGUUUCUUUUCUUUCCUGUGUUCUUUUGUUCAGUAAAUAUCCCUAGAGCUCCUACCAUAUGUCAGGCCCUAUGCCUCACCCUGAGAACGCAGUGAGCAUGAGGUGGACCUGUUUGCUGGGAACCCCAGGUCACCCCCUUUUCUUCCUACUCUGUGCCUGGAGCAUCAUGUCCACCCCUGCAGAUCCUUGGAAAAGAAAAUGUUUACGUUGCAGGGUAUUGCAUGGUCACGAGUGAGGGCAGGCCCCUGGGGACACAUCUGCCCACAGCCGCACAGGCCAGGGCGCAGGUACAUCUGUUGGUGCUCAGGCCUCAGAUAAAACCAUCUCAUAUGGCCAGUGACCGCUUUCCACCUUCAGGAAAAUUCUGUGGCCGUGCAGCACUUUGAAGUUUUAGUUAUUAACCUGCUUUCAUUGAAGCAGUUUCCUUUCUUAUAAAAUGGAAUCGCCAAAUCUUAUCACACAAAGUCCUGUAGUUACCCAGCCGGCUCCAACAGUGGGGGGGAUUGUAAGGAAGCAGUGGCAGUUGGUGAAGCAAGUGUCACAUUUCGGUGUUCUUGGCCAAUGGAUACAAAGAUAAAGAAAACGUUGCCUUUUUCUAGGAACUGUCAGAAAUCCUCAUGCCUUUCAAGACUUCUAUGAAUGACUUGAAUUUUUUAUUCCCUGCCUAGGGUCUGUGAACAAGGCCUGUCUCUUCCCUGCGGUUUCUUUCCAUGGCCUUUAUUUCUCCUCUUCCAGUGGGAGUUUUGCAGGCUCUUCUCCGUGGAAACUUCACGAGCGUUGGCUGGGCCUCGGCUUCGCUGGAGUGUACUCCAGGGUGAAGGCAGAGUGGGAUCUGAGACCCAGGUUAGGCACGACCCAGGCUGAGAAGGGAUGUUUCCUUCAUUCACAGUACCCUCCCCACAGCACUACCUCACCCCGACCCCCCCCUCACUCCCACCCCCCCCCACUCCCACACCCCCCCCACCUUCACUCCCACACACCCCCCUCACUCCCACACCCCCCCUCACUCCCACACCCCCCCCACCUUCACUCCCACACCCCCCCUCACUCCCACACCCCCCCUCACUCCCACACCCCCCCCCACUCCCACACCCCCCACCUCACUCCCACACCCCCCCCACCCUCACUCCCACCCCCCCCCCCCACCGCGAUCAUCAGGGGUGCCACGGUGGGCCGGAGGGUGCCGGCUCUGGCUGUCCCUGUGCCGGUCCCUCACAAACCUCUCCCGCUUUGAAACUCAAGCACAGCUGCGAGGAGGGCAGCCAGGAGGGACCCCUCUCUCACUGGUUGUCUCUUUCCCCGGCUAUGUCAUAGGUAGUGGAGGAAACGAAGGAAGUGAACGCUGAAUGUGACACAUUUCUGAAGAGCUCAGCUGUCACCGGGCAUAGCCUGGAAGCCCCAAGUCUGUUCUGACUUUGCCUGGCUGUCUCUCUGACCCGCCUCCUAGACCAUUGUCCUUGAUGUCCAGGCUGGGUCAUUUAAAAUAGAGAUGCAAUCAGGAAGGUUGGGGGACUUGGGACUGUGGCUGAAUUGAGACCUUGCUGAUGUAUUCAUGUCAGCACUUGAGUCACAGCCCAGGUGCCCGGAAGCAGCCUCUUCACACAGGCAGUGAUUUGCGAUUACUUUAAAGCUCACCCUUUUUCUUCCCCUCUUUUCGCUGCUGUCAGCAUAAUGAUUGUGUUCCUUCCCUAUGGGAUCCAUCUGUUUUGUAAACAAUAAAGCAUCUGAGGGAGUGUA